GUCGAAUUGAAAAAAGUAAGGUAGAUCAUUUUUGUUUUUAAAAUUGUCUACAAAACAUAUUCUGUAUUAAGCAGAUUGAUUCACCCUAAUAUUCACGCGUAGCAUAGAGUCACUGGUGUUACACAUUUGGUUUGGAGUUUGAGUCGAAUGCUUGCUAGUCGUUGCUCGAUUAUCUUAUCGCCGAAUGUGGACUCCAAGUUGGGAAGCGAAUUCCUCCCUUCAGUCGUUACUCACUAACUGGCAUUGCGGUGACGUUAAUACGGAUCGGCUCUCACCGAAAAUCGAAGUAAAUCUCGACCGAAUCCUUCAUCAGUAGAUAAAUAUGGUGAUACUCGGGCGUUCGUUGUGUGAUUGCUCGGCGGUCAAGUUUAAUGCGUUUGAAUAGGCCGUCGCUCAGUUGUCAUUUUAAAAUUUCAAAUUUAGUUACGACUUGUCCACCGACGUGUGCUGAUCGACGGCUCCGGCGCAAUUGAAUCCAAGAACUCUGGUCACUGGAACUGCGGAAAUGUUUAUGCAAGCCAACAUCAUCGGAUGCCUAACCUUGCUGGUGACUCUGGGCACGGCUUUUAAGGAGCACCCGCACUUCUGCAUCGAGACGGAACCGCUGCUCCUGUCGCACAUCGAUCGACAUGUGGUUAUCCCCAGCGAGAAGGAUCUGCAGUGUCAUAUUAAGGCCACCACGUUGACCCAAAACGAGAAGGCGGUCCUCGUGGACACCCUGUGUGCGGAUCAUGGUUCCACGACGGUCAAGCGGGACAACCACCACUUUCUCCGGCUGCACAACGGUGAGCUGAGGGGACGGGGUGCCCAGUCGGAGGUGUGUGCCAAUGGAGCUAAUUCGGUUCUGGCCUGGGUCCCAUACGACAUGGUGCUUCGGAACUAUGCUGCCGAGCUGAAUCCCAAGGAGCGGCUGACAUACAUUGCCAAGGCCACGAACGUGGAGCGUGAGAAGACGGAGCUCUGUCACUUCCCUCACACGGAUUUGGUCAAUGCCGUGACGGACAAUCUGUUCACCUGCGUGGUGAUGAUAUUCGGCGAUAACUUUUACGGUCUGGAGGACAACAUCAAUGUGCUAGUGGAGCUGGAACCACUCAUGUACCAUCUGAGAAACAUCACCUACCUGCCGUGGCGCAAUGUUUCCAAUAGCUACAAGAUGCACUUGGGCGACAGUGUGCUCCGCAAUCCCAGUGGCGAACGGAAGCCCAUCUACGGUAGCCUGAACUACGAAUUUGUGGAGAAGAUCCUCGUAAACAUGACUAGUGUUUACCAGGAUAAAAAGCUGGCCAGGCUGCCACUUCUCUUCGAGCACCGUAGCUCUGUCCUCGAGUUGGACUCGGAUGGAGUUGGUGGUCUGGAUGUGGCGGAGAAGGCCUAUUUCGGACGCAGCAUGGAUCCCAGGAGCGAGGUGAAGGUGCAGGUGAUUGGCCAGUGGGUGGACCAGCAUCGGGAGUUUGGAGCUGAUAUAUACGAGUAUUACGGUCACGGGUUGAGGCGCUAUAGACAACCUUUAGCCGGAGCCCAGCUCACUUUUGUCCGGAUCGACAAUACGGAGCCGGCUUUCAUGGCCCCGGAAUCAAAUAAUCUGGCCAAGGCCUCGCUUUUCCGAGACCAUAAGACUGACAAGCUGAAGGAGGAUCCCUCGGGCAACUUCACCGAGUGGGAAAACGCCCAGGAGGAGGAUUUCGAUGAGGAUGAACCGGGUUUCUACGGGUGGUUUGUGGUGAUUUCACUGCUUUUGGCCCUCGCCGUAAUCCUGGGUAUCUACCUAGUAGUACGAACCCACAGCAGGAGGAACAAGCAGCGGCAGAUGUACGACCUCGCUAAUACGAAUGUGGCACCACCAGCCUAAAAAAUUACCAUUAUCCUUAAGUUUUGUAAAUCCGAAAAAACACAGUUCAACAGGUGUUUGUACUCCGAAAUGUCAGUUAUAAUAAACGGGUUGGCAGCACCACUGCCAAGUCCUUAAAUUUUGUUUUAAA